UAUUUGUUUUCCAUGUAAUUGAUAUUAAAGACACCCGAAUUCCACACUGGCAAUGUGAAAUCCUGGUUGAGCAGAUGGAAAUCCGUGCAUCUGUAUUCGGAGAUAGAUGCCUACAUUUCAGGAGAAUAUUACUCGUUGGUGUACCGUUACGUUUGGGAAUUUGAAAUUAACUAUUUUGUUAAGACUGGAAUAAUUUGAGAGCAAUCCUAAAAAUUGCUUAACUAACAAGAUAUUUUUCUUUUAUAGAACAGAAAAGAUGUUCAAGACUUUUGACAUCUUGGUUAGAGUCCCCCAAACACAAACUAAUCCAAGAGUUCAUACUCUCGAGGAGAAUGAUAACAUGAAUUUAUUGGCGAUUGUGAUCCUGUCUCGGGGAAAGUGCGGCCUCUCUACCUGCACCACUCGCUACCUGGUGGCCAUGGCAGCGGCGGAUCUACUGACCAUUUUCACCGCGGUCAUUCUGGGGCGAAUCAAAUCCUAUUACUUCAGGUGGAGUUUUCUGAGCAUCACUCCUGUGUACAGUGUUAUCGAUGUACUGAGCUUCACAGCCACACACUGUUCUGUCUGGUUCACCGUCGCUUUCACCUUUGACCGGUUUGUCGCCAUUUGCUGUCAGAAGCUGAAAACAAAAUAUUGCACCGGGAAAACUGCGGCUGUGGUUCUAACAACAAUCGGCGCACUGUUCUAUCUGGAAAAUGUUCCCCGAUACUUCACACGGCAACCCGGGGUGUUCAUCGACAAUGUACCGUGGUUCUGUGAUCUCAGGGACAAUGUUUUCACUGACCCCGGGUGGAUAGGAUAUGACUGGGUCGAUACGAUUUUAGUUCCAUUCCUCCCUUUCGCUGGGAUCCUGCUGCUCAACGCUCUGACAGUCAGACACAUUUUAGUGGCCAGUCGGGUCCGUAAGGGGCUGAAGGGUCAGAGCAAGGGGGAGAACUGCAGUGACCCGGAGAUGGAGAACAGGAGGAGGUCUGUGAUUUUACUCUUCACCAUCUCCGGCAGCUUCAUCCUCCUGUGGAUGACAACUGUUGUAAAUUUCAUAUAUUAUCAGGUCUCAGGGGAAGGAUUCAGUUUCAAUGAUUCUGAAUGGAUCUUUAUCUACGUCGGGGUUUUGCUGAGUGAUUUCAGCUGCUGCACCAACACGUUUAUUUACGCGGUGACUCAGUCAAAAUUCAGGGAACAGAUAAUUAGGACGGUGAAAUAUUCUGUCCCCUCGGUGCUUCAUUUUAUUAAUAAAGCUGCGUCCUGAGCCCAAGCCGGACGCGACCACAAUUUCUCCA